CCCAAACCGUCCAGAGCACUCCUGUACGACGCGCCGACAACCCUGUCCCUAUACCACUCACUUACCUGUAAUCCUUCCUAUCGCCUAGCUUACGAUGUCGCGGCCACUUAACGAUGACGAGGUCCUCAGCGAGAUGAACAAGAUGGUCGCGUUCAUUAAGCAGGAGGCUAUGGAGAAAGCCCGCGAGAUCAGGGUUAAAGCUGACGAGGAGUUCGCGAUUGAGAAGGCCAAACUUGUGCGCCAGGAGCAACAAGCCAUCGAUGCACAGUAUGAGAAGAAGCGCAAGGGCGCCGAGGUCGCUCAGAAGAUCGCGCAGUCCAACCUGACCAACAAAUCGCGUCUGAAGCUCCUACACCGCCGCGAAGAGCAGCUCCAGGAGCUCUUCGCCAGCGCUCGCGAGUCGAUCAGCUCUUUCGCCCAGGACGAGGGCCGCUAUACCCAAUUCCUGGAGGGUGUCAUCGUCCAGGGCUUCCUGCAGCUCAUGGAGCCCAAGAUCACGCUUGUCGUCCGCGAGCAGGACGCCGACAUUGCACAGAAGUCCGGGGAGGCCGCCGCGUCGACCUUCAACGAGCUCAGCGGCCGGAACGUGUCGUUCGAGAUCGAUACUUCGCUGAACAAUGAGAGUGCCGGCGGGAUCAAGCUGAUCAACACAUCCGGCCGAAUCGUCAUCGACAAUACCCUCGACGAGCGAUUGAGACUGCUAGAGGACAGGAUGCUGCCCGAGAUUAGGAGGGAUCUGUUUGGCCCCAACGAGAACCGGAAGUUCUACACAUAGGAGGAGGGCCUUCUCUCGGACUAACGUCGUUGGCAGACCAUGGCUCUACUCUACUUAAUGAAACCCGUGACGUUUUAUAUCUCGUUUUAGUGAAUGUACCACUUGCGAAGUCUUCACUGGAUGUUUUGGCCGGCAUCAUCCAC